GCUCCAAUUACUCGACGACGCCACCACCACCACCAUUCAGAUUGUAUCUUUCUUCUUCUGAACACUUCAGAUUGACAUUAUUUAUCAUAUUUAAUAACCCUGAACUGCAUCAUGGUGUCUUCUGUGGCGAACCCAUUGUCCGCAAGCUCUCUGAGCAAGCUCAUGGCACUUAGCUUGCCUCAUCCGCAGCAACCUGAUCAAGCCGGUACUGAGUCACAACAGCAACACCCUCAGCUAAAAACUGCGUAUGAGGCUAUUGCUCUCUUCUGUCAUGCCUGCAUGCUUGGUGUUGGAUUUCGAUUGAUUGGUCUUGGAGAAGACGACAAGAUCGAAGCCCGCUCCGAAGCAGAUGACACUCAGCCCCUCCCUGCAUCAUGGAAUGCAACGACCUCCUCCUCUUAUGCGUUCCGCUAUGCGCACGCUCAAUCCUCAAUGGAAUACCAAAUCAAGAUCAGCCGUCUCGGUAACAAAGCCGUCAUACUCGGCAUCGCUCUCGGCGAUGACAAGACAGCAUCUUUUGACGUGGCGAUACGGGACUAUAUAUCUGAAUCUGCGCUGCCGCUCACGACACCCUUCCCUCCCUCAAACUUGACUGAAACUCCAUCAUUGCCGCCACCAUCCCAAUCACGGUUUCAGGCACCUCACCAGCGACUGGGCGAAAUGGAGCAAGAGGCGCAAACCGAACCCUCCACGCCGGAGACAACUCCACAUACUCCUGCGCCCGCAUCUCCAUCGAUGGCUGCGACCACGGUUGUUCCCCCUACGCCAUCACAUCCACGACCUGUCGCACCACCGCAGCACGUCGCAAUAGCCGGAUCGGCGACUCCAGGGCCCACACCGUUGGACGAGGCAAAGCGCCUACUACAGAAUCUGUUCAUCUCGCUGGGACGGAUAUCGGACCUAGCAGCGCUCUUCAAAAUCAGCAUCAUUCAGAAACUAGCUCCUGGGCUAUACAAGCCAGGUUAUGAGGAAGAGCAGACUGAGUCGGCCUCUGCUACCGCUCAAGGGUCAUCUGCGAACAGACCUCCUCCUCGCGGCCAGCGAAAUCCAGAUGACGACACCUUCCCUCAGCCUGCGAGACCGUAUCCCUUCGAUGACCCACUGGCCAUCCCCCGACCCGCCCGGCCUCCUCACCCUCCCGGUGAUUUUCCACCUCCUGGCUUCGAGGACGAGUACGAGAUGAACCGACCGCCUCGCGGCUCGAUGCCCGGAUUUCUCGGCGGCCCAGGGUCUGGACCUCGCAACCCUCUCAGCAUUGGACAAGAUGACCUGUAUCCACAGGGUCUUGGUCCACAUGAUCCACUUCGAGGCACGUUCGGGCCUGGUGGUGGCUUUGGUGGUGGUGGAAUGCAUCCGACGUUUGAUGAUCCCUUGUUUGCUGGCAGACGGGACAGUCCCCAAGGAGGGGUGGGUUCAAGAGCUCCGCUAGGCGCGCGAUACGACCCUGUUGGGCCUGGAGAUGAACCUUUCGCGCCACGCGACCGACCGCGUUUCCCAGGUGGACCUCGAGGAGGGAGUGGAGGACCACCCAACCCAUUCAGCGGCUUUGGAAGCGGUGAUUUCAUCUAAUUUAGCUUUUGAGCUUAGUCGAGCCAUGAGAUAUCACGUAGCAUUUCAAGGAAACUUUUAAAUGUUUAGGUAGUCAAUAACGUAUUCAUGCAAUGUAAUCGGAAAAAGUCUUCAUCCUCGCAGGCGGUGAAAA